AUGAUGAACAUGGGUAGUCAUCGAGGGCAAGAUUUUUCCAGACACGACUUAAACGGAAUGAUGCACAGACACGACGAGGACGAGGACGACGACGACGAAGACGAGGAAUUCGACGACGAGGAGACGGAGGAAUCGGAGGGAGAAAGCGGUGACGGCCACCACCACCACCACCAUUGCAAGGGGAUGAUGACGUCGCUGUUGGGUUCUUCCCGGUGCAAGAAAUGGUUCCCGGGCAAAGUACUGGAUCCGAGAUCCACAUGGAUCCAGGAAUGGAACAGGGUUUUCCUGCUGGUGUGCGCAACCGGGUUAUUCGUGGACCCGCUUUUCUUCUACACGCUGUCCGUCAGUGAUAACUGCAUGUGCCUGUUUGUGGACGGCUGGUUCGCCGUCACCGUCACGGCUCUCCGUUGCAUGACCGAUGCUUUGCACCUCUGGAAUAUGUGGUUGCAGUUCAAGAUGAACAAACGUCCCAUUGCUUUUGCGUCUUUUAAUUCUGUCACUUCUAACGGCGGUGAUGACGGCGGAAGCGCUACUAGUCCAACCAGUGCUAAAGCUGUGGCCUUGAGAUACCUUAAAUCCAAGAAGGGUUUCCUUUUCGAUCUCUUUGUUAUUCUUCCUCUCCCCCAGAUUGUGUUAUGGGUGACCAUUCCAGCACUGCUGAAGAAGGGUUCAAUCACAAUGGCGAUGACAGUGUUGUUAAUCAUGUUCCUCUUGCAAUAUCUCCCCAAAAUCUAUCACUCAGUUUGUCUCCUGAGACGAAUGCAGAACCUCUCCGGCUACAUUUUCGGAACUGUUUGGUGGGGAAUUGCCCUCAACUUGAUCGCGUAUUUCGUCGCGUCCCACGCAGUGGGAGCUUGUUGGUAUUUGCUGGGAAUCCAAAGAGCAGCAAAGUGCUUAAAAGAGCGAUGCAGGGUAACAAGUGGAUGUAACCUUCAAAUGCUGGCAUGUGAACAGCCCAUUUACUAUGGCACAACAAGACUAGUGAAAAACCACUUUCGCCUGAUUUGGGGUGAGAAUAAAGAUGCCAGGUCUACUUGCCUGGAAAACUAUGACAAUUUCUACUAUGGAGCUUUUAAAUGGACUGUUCAGCUUGUUAGUAAUGAUAAUCGUUUGGAGAAGAUUCUUUUCCCCAUCUUUUGGGGGCUCAUGACUCUCAGUACGUUUGGAAACCUGGAGAGUACAACAGACUGGUUGGAAGUGGUGUUCAUAAUCAUUGUCCUAACAACUGGGCUCCUUUUGGUUACUAUGCUUAUUGGAAACAUCAAGGUGUUCUUGCACGCAACGACGUCGAAGAAACAGGGGAUGCAUUUGAGGAUGAGGAACAUAGAAUGGUGGAUGAAGAAGAGAAAGUUGCCUUCAAACUUCAGACAGAGAGUGAGGAACUACGAAAGGCAAAAAUGGGCAGCGAUGCGUGGAGUGGAUGAAUGUCAGAUGAUUAGGAAUCUCCCUGAAGGCCUCAGAAGAGACAUCAAAUAUCAUCUCUGUUUAGACUUGGUUAGGCAGGUACCUCUGUUUCAGCACAUGGAUAACCUGGUCCUAGAGAAUAUCUGUGACAGGGUGAAGUCCCUCAUAUUCACAAAGGGAGAAACAAUAACAAGAGAAGGCGACCCGGUUCAAAGAAUGUUGUUCAUAGUAAGAGGCCAUCUUCAGAGCAGCCAAGUACUCCGGGACGGUGUCAAGAGUUGCUGCAUGUUAGGCCCUGGAAACUUCAGCGGUGACGAGCUCCUGUCGUGGUGCCUGAGACGGCCUUUUGUCGAACGCCUGCCUCCAUCUUCUUCAACUCUGGUGACUCUCGAAACAACCGAAGCGUUUGGAUUGGAAGCUGAGGAUGUGAAAUACGUAACGCAACAUUUUCGAUACACAUUUGUGAACGAGAAAGUGAGGAGGAGCGCUAGGUACUAUUCCCCUGGAUGGAGAACUUGGGCCGCCGUGGCGAUUCAGUUGGCCUGGAGGAGGUACAAGCACCGUUUAACGCUCACUUCACUGUCUUUUAUUAGGCCAAGAAGGCCAUUAUCCAGGAGUUCUUCACUUGGUGAAGACAGGAUCAGGCUUUAUACUGCUCUUUUGACUUCACCGAAACCAAAUCAGGAUGAUUUUGAGAUAUGA